AUCCUAAUCAAUCACUGCUUAAUACAAGCCCUAUAAAACACUUGGCCAUCUCCCAUUAGUUUCCCACCACAAGUACAAAACAUUUCAGUACACACACACACAUACACUUCGUCUUUCUUUAAACACCGAUUGCAAGAGAGAAUGGCGAAAGAGUCCACCACCAUUGACGUCGGCGAGCCGAGCACCGUGACCAAAAGUACAAGUCAUGUCGUAGUGGACGAGAAGAAGAAGAAGAAGAGCUUUGUGGCAGCGGCCGCAGGAGGCGGCUACAAGAGAGGUUUGGCCAUAUUCGACUUCCUCCUCCGUUUGGCAGCCAUAGGAAUCACCAUCGCAGCUUCCUCCGUCAUGUUCACCGCUGAGGAGACUCUUCCCUUCUUUACUCAGUUCUUACAGUUCCAAGCCGGUUACGAUGACUUCCCCACAUUUCAGUUCUUUGUGAUAGCCAUAGCCAUAGUCGCCGGCUAUCUCGUCCUUUCACUUCCCUUCUCCAUCGUUACUAUUGUCCGUCCACUAGCCGUCGCGCCCCGGCUCAUCCUCCUCAUCUCCGACACCGUGGUCCUAACGCUUACAACAGCAGCAGCUGCUGCGGCAGCAUCAAUUGUCUACCUCGCACAUAACGGCAAUGCAAACACCAAUUGGCUCCCCAUUUGUCAGCAGUUUGGUGACUUCUGCCAAACCACGAGUACUGCAGUUGUAGCCGCCUCUAUCUCGGUUGUGUUCUUCAUCCUUCUCAUUGUCAUCUCAGCCAUUUCCCUUAAAAGGCAUUGAUUUCAUAAAUCCGCGUGUCAAGAUUGCAACGGAUCUAUAGAGGUUCUUUAUGUAUAUGUUUGUUGCUUGUUGUGCUUUGUGUAACAUGAUAUGAUUCAAGUAUAUGGUAUCAUUAUGGUGUGGACAAUGUAACCGGAUCGUUCUAAAUGUAAUGUGUUUCAAAGAAAUUUGUUUCGUUUCCGCUUGAAAGCUUCCGUUUCAUAUAGAGAUUCUUGUUCUA